AGCUUGGGCCUGGACCGAGGAAAUUGUAAGUGAGGAAGCCACAUACAGGAAAUACUGAGUUCGAAUGCUCAAUAUUGCAAGGUCAAAAAGCACACAUCAAUCCUUUAUUGGAAGUUCUGCUGCUUUGUGGGAUCAUUUUAUAAACUGGAUGUUAUCGGAAAAUGAGUUGGGGACGUGAAUUGUGGGACAAGAGGGACCAAGUAGAAAAGCAUACCCAGCAAGGAAUUGAAUUCUUGGAAAAAUGUGCAAGCUUUGUGAAAGCAAGAGCAAAGAUAGAGCAAGAUUAUGCUAAAGAUUUAAGAAAACUGGUAAAGCAAUUUCAGUUCAAGAAGAAGGAAGAAGAUGAUUUACAGUUUACCUAUCAAAUAGCUCUUAAGAAACUUCUUGCUGAAGUAGAUGACUAUGCUGGACAACGUGAAAGAAUUUCUGAAAGCCUACAAGAUAAUCUUUUCAAAGAUAUGCAUCAUCUCAUUAAUGAAUCAAAAUCAGAAAAAAGAAAGCAUCUUCAUGAGCUGAGUGAUUUAAAAUCAAAUUUAGAAUCCACAAAUAGACAAAUGCAAAAUGCAAGAAAGGAAUAUGAAAAAGCAAACCAAGAGUCAGAUCUGGCAAUUAAACAGUAUGAGACAGCAUCAAGUAGUAUGGAUUUAACCAAAGCGCAGAUUAUAAAGUUUCAAAAUAUCUCAAAAGAAAAAGGCCAGGUUUCAGAAAAGGCAAAGGGUGAUUAUCUAGCUGCACUGGAAAAUUUCAACAAAACACAGACCCUCUUCUAUGAAUCUGACCUGCCAAGAGUUUUAGAUGAAAAAAUGGAAGCUGCAGAGGAAGAUCGGAUUGAAAAACUGAAAGGAUAUUUCAAAGCAUUCACUGAGGCUCAUAGAGUGAUCAUUCCUAUUGUUCAUCGAUGCUUGGAGGGUAUGGACGCAGCUGCAGACACAUGUGAUGCUAAGAAGGAUUCACUCUCUUUGAUUGACAUGCACAAAACCGGGAAUCAGCGGCCGGGCAACAUAUUAUUUGAAGAUAACGGCAAGCCAAAUCUAGCAGUUCCUGCAGCGAGGUCUCCUAAAGCUAGUCGAUCGAAGAAAGGUCUCUUCAGGAGUCGAGAAAAGGCAAAAGCAUUAAAUCAAGAAGACUAUGCUGACGAUUUUAGUGAUUUACCACCAGAGCAAAGAAGAAAGAAGUUUCACAAGAAGAUCAGAGAACUUGAGGACCAGGUUAAUCAACAGACCAAGUCAAGAGAUGCACUCGUUAAAAUGUCAGAGACAGUUGCUCAGUUUGGGGGUGACAUGCAAACAAUCCAGUCGCAGCUUGAUGCUAAUGCCAAAGAAAUCGACAAAUUUAACCAUCUCCUUCAUCAAUACCGGUGUUACUUAGCUGUUAUCGAAGAGACGGCACCUCCGACUAUGCCAUCCAAAAUGAGCGGAUCAAGUUCAAUGCAGAGUUUAUCCAGUAAUGUGUCCAACGACCAUGUUCCCGCUGCCCCACCUCCACCUCAGAACAAUGCUAGUAUGCCGCCAGUUGGAGCACCAACUGUUGAAGUGACGGGACCACCUGUCCCUCCUCCUCCGCCUUUAACCGAUGAGUUUGAUGAGCCCAAAUGCACGGUACUAUACGAUUUUGAAGGUCGAUCUGAUGGUGAGUUCACAGUGUCAGCAGGUGAAGAGUUGGUAAUUGUGGAUGAUGAUGGAAGUGGGUGGACUUUGGUUGCUCGAGGUAGUGAGGAAGGCUAUGUUCCAACCAGUUACGUUGAAAAGCUGUAGACGACGCCCUUCCAAAGGGGAAGAAUAUUAGAUCGCGGUAUGGUUGUAUGAGGUGCAAUAACACGUAGUGAUGGAGUUGAAUUUGUGAAGCUUGAUAGAUAAUGAAGGUUCUUUUUUGACCCUUCGAAGUGUUUAGAUACUCGUAUAGGACAUUUUAGCAACAUUUUAUGGAGAUUAUAUAUUUUGAUUCUUCGUUAAACCGCAGCUUUGUUGGAGAGAGUUGGAAACCGUGUCUGUGAUUCAGAAAUACCAAGCACGCAGAUUCUUUUAGAGCCACAAUUGUGAAAAGCAUGGCCAUUGAUAUCUUUUCCUAGUUCAAGGACUAUUUUUGUUAUGUCACGCAUUCUAGAAUAUUUUUACACAAGAUUUCAAGCAGGUUUUUGCCAUACUAAUAGAAACUGAAAUGUCUGCCAUUCACAACGAUUGCACAAGAGGUAAAGAACGACGAUGGUUGUUGUAUUUUUGCUCAUGGUAUUUUCUUGUUUGUCAACAUUGACUACAACAUUCUAGUUUAACACAGUAAAAUUCUUUUAGAAGCUCUAUAAAGAUUAGGUAUAUGUAUUUUAUACUCGCAAUUAGAUGAACAGAUAAUCAGCAGUUUUUUUGUUAUUUUUAUUAUUGUUAAUCAUUGUAUGAUAGCGUUUUAGCCAUGUUAUAUAUAAUCUGAUAGCGUGUAUUGAUUGCUUUUAAUUUAUUGCUUUGAAUUGCUUUUUUUCUUUUCGAAUUAAUGCUUUCCUUAACGAAGGAUGUCUGCUUAGGUAUUGGUAAAGCGAAUAUUGAAUCUAACUUUUUCUGUUUGUUUUUCAAUCGAUUAAGGUAUUGUGUACAACGACCUCUGUAUUCAUUGGUUAUUUUAAAAAGCCACAUAAUAUCGUUUCGCAUUCAACAGAAAGGAAGAUUGCUUGAUAAGCCAAAAUCAAUAGGAUUGCAUUAAGCAUGGUUUGUUUAAAAAACCGGCUACUCGAUUUUAUAAUUUCUGUAUCGAAAACUUGUCACUUUAUUGUGUGUAUCUUAGCAGUAUGAUAAUAUAAAGUUCAAUGUAUUCCAAAGUUAGGAGUUCAUUGUGCAAUGAUUAUUUCGUCGAUCUUAUUGGUACCAUUUUUUUAUUUGUAAUUGCGUAUUAUUUCUUUCGUUUAUGAGCUUUAAAUAAAUAUAACUAUUAAUGUUAAAAUUAUGCAAAAUAUAUUCGGAAGUGUUACACGUAUUACUACAGCAUGUUUGAUUUUUCAACAUAGCCAUCACUAAUCGAAGCUAGUUUGAAAUUCGCACAGAACGUUAAGACGCUAGAACAUUAAGGAUGAGCAGUAAGCUAGUUGCCAAUAGGUAGACGAAUUUUAGUGUCUUAUCUGAUUUUUUCUUUUUCAACAAGCCCCUUAUAUCCACACGAGAAUGAUUCAAUUUUGAACUUAGACCUUAAGUUUAUUGCUAUUAACUAACGUUUUGUCGAAUCUGUGUUUUUAUGCUGAAUCAUUCUGCGCAAUGUUUAAUGAUAUUUAUAUAAUUGCACAAUCAAAAUAUUGCUAGUAUAAUAUUUCAUGACUUUGUUUCAUUUUUGCAUGAUUCAAGUGAAACUAUA